UAUUGUGUAGUUGAACUAGUAUUGACUACCAUGAAUAUGUCAAUUAUGUUUUAUGAUUUUCAUAUUUUAUUAAUAACCUAUCGCUAUGAAAAAUUUUUACAUUCAUUUAUAGAAUUUAUAUAUUUUAUUAAUAUCUUGGAGGAUGGAGGAUAAAGAAGGGAAAGUACCAAGCUGCAGAGUGAAAGGUCCUGGCCCAGUUUACAAGCUGCCAACAUUAACUGGUUAUACCGGCCAUGACCCAUCGCGUCACAGAAAUCCGGCGUACACAAUUCGACCUAAGAUCAGUUCAGGACUUUACUUGAUGGGGCCUGGUCCUCGCUACAACGUGUCGAAGUUAACCAAGUUUGGGCAAGAUAGGUCACCUGCUUAUUCAAUUAAAGGCAGAGAAACAAUGAAAUUGCGAGAUCUGGGACCGGGACCUGGAGCAUAUUCUCCUGAGUUGUGCCCACCAAUAAAUCACAGUCGUAGAGCGCCAGCUUACAGUAUCAAGACACGAGAUCAGAUAAAGUUACUCGAAACGGGACCAAGUCCGAAUACAUAUCUUUUACCUACGUGCAUAGGGCCCAAAGUGCCCGAUAAGCCGGCACAGGGAGCAUUUUCCAUUACUGGUCAUCACGAGAUACGUGGAACUAUCAUAGGCCCAGGUCCGGCCGCGUACACUAAGUUGGAUUAUAACUUGGUGAAACGUCGAAGUCCCGCGUACAGUCUGAAAGGACGACACAUUCUAUCAGAGAAAUAUCCUACUACCCCAGCGCCGACCUUUUAUCCGCUAUAUGAUACACGAAAACGUGCGCCCGAGUACUCUUUCGGUGUGAAACAUAGCGAGUGCACUGGAGUACCUAUCACGCAGCAGGACGAAGAUUGAUUCUGCAAUUGGAAGGACCUUGCAAUAAGAUUGUACAUUGUACAUCGACACUGUUGUGCUGUAUCAUUACUCAAUAAAUUUGUCCUGUAGAAAAACUAGAUAAUCUUUCACAUACAUACGGCGUUUCCUGGUAAUAAAAUAAGCAAUCUGUUUCGAGAUGAUUAAAGAUAAAAUG